CCCCAGCAAAUGAAUUGCGCCACGAUAAAGUUUUCAAGACUCCACAUACACGGCCUUUAAACAUAUCUUUAUCCCACAUAUUCGUCGUCGUGUAGCUAGAUCCUGAUAUACCUCCGGGCCCCCCGCGGAUGUCCUCCCAAAACCACUGUCGUUCCCGCGGAAGCUACCAAUCAGUACCAUUGUACACACGUUCACCCUAGGAUCGCCUCUCCUUCCGCCGUCUACAAUUGACAUAUUCAAGACACACGACUCGCGCAUCUGAUAGUCAUGACGGACAUCAACCCCGAAUACGCUAACACCAAGCGACCGCUCAAACUAACCGGCGCAUGCUACUGUCGCCACCUCACAUACCUCCUGAAGCUAGAAGACAGAAAAAAUGCCAAAACUACGCUUUGCCAUUGUGCAAAUUGCAAGAAGGCGUUUGGUGGCGCGUUCGGGCUGACGACGAAAGUACCCAUCCAGGCGUUUCGGUAUGAUGCUGGCAGUGGGAAACCUACGAUACAUGCCGCAGAUAACGGAAUGGGUUCGACAGUCUAUCGGGAGUUUUGCAGCAAGUGCGGGAGUUAUAUUUGCGAGUAUGGUGAACAGGGAAAAGAUACCUUUCGCUCUAUCGUUUUUGGCUCGCUGGACGAGCCGUCUGCGCUGCCGCCCAAGGGAGAGUGGUUCUGUUCUCAGCGCGAGGAUUGGAUGCCAGUAAUCCCAGGUAAGCUGGCUCAAUUCCGUAAGCAGUGAAUUGUACGUUCGUUUGGCGUUGUUUAAUGGGGGUUGAGAGGUGUUAUGAUACCCGGGAGGAGUUAGGUUAGGGGCUGAAAUGUUACUUCUCGAGUCUU